AUGGCCCCACAACCGCUCUACGCUGCACCCAUGCAAGCAUACCCCAACCCCUACGCGCAACACAUGCCGCCACCGCAGAUGCUACCCCAGUGGGCGCCUCACGGUCCAGGAUACCCUCCCAUGCCCGCAUGGCUUCCCCCUCCCGCGCACUCCCCUUCACCCGGAUACUUCCAUCCGGGUCACCCGCCCUCUUCCUUCCCCCCUCCUCCGCGCGGACCUCCUCAACCGCUCUUUCCGAUCCAAGGCGGCGUCCGCCCCCCUCCGCCACACUCCAUGAGCACUCCGCCCACGGCAUAUCCCCCCGCUCCUUCCGCCACCGCUCCCGCCGGCGCACCUGGCAUGGCAGGCGUUGCGCCUCCGCCCGCGAGUCCCGUGUUCCCCAUAGCUUCCGCCGGCCCGCCGCCGUCUUCCGCCGCAUCAGCGCCUGCCGCGCCUCUGCCGGCCCAUUCCCCUGCGGGUUCAGGACCGUCCGCGCAGCACUACCCCCCCGGCCCUGGCGCAGGGCCUUCCCCGUAUCCCCCGCAAGGGGCCGUUUUCCCCAUUCCGCGGCCAGGGUAUCCUGGCCCACCGCCGGGCGCAGCGGCUCCGUCUCCCGCUGGGGCGCCUCCGCCACACGCGGGCGCCCCCAGACCAGGACAGCCUAUGCCGGGGGGAAGCUACGGCGCUCCUGGUGAGUUGCGCAGUGGGAGGGGGGGGAGCUGGAAUGAGAAGGGGAGGGAAUCAGUGCUGGAUUCUGGGGUGGGUGUGCGAGCUCUCCCUCCCUCCCUCCCUCCCUCCCUCCCUUCCUCCCUCCCUCCCUCCCUUCCUCCCUCCCUCCCUCCCUCCCUCCCUCCCUCCCUCCCUCCCUCCUUCCCUCCCUCCCUCCCUCCUUCCCUCCCUCCCUCCCUCCCUCCCUCCCUCCCUCCCUCCCUCCCUCCCUCCCUCCCUCCCUCCCUCCCUCCCUCCCUCCCUCCCUCCCUCCCUCCCUCCCUCCCUCCCUCCCUCCCUCUCCCACUCGCCCACCGCCCUGCUACAGCUUCGCUCCUGCCAACCCCUGUGCCUGCCGCCGCCAGUGCGCCUGUGGUUGCAACGCCACCGGGGGGACUGCCGCCCAUGGCAGCAGGAGCACCACCAGCAGCAGCAGCAGCACCAGCAGGAGGAGUGGCAGCGGGAGGAGCGGCCCAAGCGGUGCCUGCAGCGGCUGCACCGGCUGCAGCCACAACGGUGACGGAGGUGUAUCUCGUGUGGGACGACGACCAGAUGUCCAUGGUACGCCUUGCCUCCUGCCUCCCAGCCCCAACACAACACCCCUAUACGGUUUCCGAAGCACCCACUGUUCCCUCCCCACCUGGACUCUCAGAGCCCCGCCACCCCUCAUCUCUUCUGUCGUCCUCCUGA